AUGCUGCAGUUCUUUAAAAAAGCUGGAUAUAAAGAUAAAGUUAGAUCCUUGCACAAUUCGCUAAAAAAUUCUCAUAGAUCAAAAGAGUCAAAAGAAGAUGGGACUGUGGGUACUUCCUUGGUGGCAGUACCAAACACAUUAUGCAGCUUCGAGGCGGAAGAGGAAGAUUAUAAAUUCGAAAAUGGAAAAACUCAAAUUAACACCUUCUGUUCGCGUCUCUCCAAAUCAUUACCUGAAAUACUGACAGACAAAAGUGCUCUUGACUAUUUCAUCCAAUUUAUGGAUGCAAAGAAGGAAGUAACACUGAUUAAAUUUUGGUUAGAAAUUGAGUGUCUUUACAAUGUUUAUUGUACUCCAGAAUCUUUAGAAAAUAAGAAUGACGUUAUUAGGGAUUAUAAAGAGCUUAUAAAUUAUACAAAUAAUUCAGAGAAUAUCGAUAACUGUGCGUGCAGUAUAAUAUCUACCAGCAUCAGUGAUUUUGAAAUUGAUGCUUUAUCGUUAGAUAGCAGUGUAAAUAGUACAGAACAGGGUUUGGCAUUGCAGAGUCCCACGAAUGAGACGAAAUCAAAUUCCAAUUUGCCAAAGAUGUGUCCAAUAGUAAACGAUAAUUGCAAAAGAAAUUUAAAAUUUGGAGAAUGUAAGGCUUCGUCAUUAUAUCAGGAUUUACUGCGCAUAUAUAGGAAAUAUCUUGCAAAAGGUAUGCACGAAUUGAAUUAUAUAACUGCAGAAUUGAAAGUAAGCAUAGAAAGCGUCAUAAUUGACGAAAACGUCAAACUUCUACUUCAAUACUUAACCGAUGCACAGAAAAUAGUUUAUACACUAUUAGAAAAUGUGUAUGUAAAUGACUUUUUAAGAAGCGAUUUUCAUUGCAAACAUCAAAUUGACGUUUUGACUAGUGGAUAUGUGCAAUUAACGGACAUAUUGUACAAUGAAACGGCCUUCUUCUAUUUUAUGGAGUUCAUGGAAAUAGAGAAUAAAAGAGAAUUGUUGGAUUUUUGGAUGACUGCUAUGAAUUACAAGCAAAAUUUAAUGGAGAAAGGGGAUUCGGUGGAUUAUGCCGAGGCUCAAACCGAUGCUCUCAUUAUAUAUGACAAGUAUUUUAGUCUACAGGCUACAAUGCCAUUAGGUUUUAGCGAUAGAAUUCGUUUUGCAGUCGAGCAAAAUAUUUGUCAAGAGGAUGGAAAGGGUCCUCAGUCCGACUGUUUCGAUCGUCCAUGCUGGAUUAUUUACAAUUUCUUAAACAGAUAUUAUCUUCCAACUUUUUUACAAUCGCAAUUAUUUUAUAAGUAUUUAUCGGAGUUGAUUAACAGUGUUCAGAGUAGUAAUUAUCCUGUUUUCCAUCCACCACUGAGAAAAACAGAAUCGGACUGCAGUAGUGAAAUAAGCUGUGCGAGUAAUGUAACGAGUCCAAUUCAGAAUAAUAGCGAUGAGAAAAAGCAGACAAAAUAUGGCCUAUCGAUUAAUGGAGGAAUGAAUAUCGAUACUAAACAACUAUAUGAUCCUGAUUCCUUAUGGAGAAGAAAUAAGUGCAGUUUAAGCGUGGGCUACGUUGACAAUUUAGGAAGAUUCGUUACGGAAAUCGAGCCCGAUCCAUGUCGUAAAAAUGAUAAACAAUCGCGAUUAUCACGAGCUGUUAAAAGACUGGUGCAUAUCGAACAAGACAAAGCAAAGGAAGAGUCUGCAUGGAAAAUUGCUGAAAUGAUUGUGCGCGAUGUCACAUCCUUGACUCUUGGUGCUAGCGAUCUUCCAUCCUGAAAGGACUGACCAAAAUUUCCCUACUAAGUAAGAUUUCUCUUGAAUCUCUCUUUAUUAACGUUAUGUUUCAUAAAAGUGUGUAAAACAUCGUAUUUGUUCGUUUUAACGAGAUAUGCAG